CUCCCUGGUACCUGGGACCCAGCACUUUUUGAGCAGGUCCGAGUGCUGUAGUUCCUCUUAGAACGUUAUUUCUCAUUAGUCUUGGUUUUCUUCCCCAGGCCAUUGAGGUCAUUGGGGUACAGUGUGAACUAAGGGUUUCUCAAGUGUAACCGUUUCCAUGUACAUCAGUGCUUUCGCCAAUAGGCUUAAGUCACUAACACCAAGGGCCGUGAUUAUAGAUGUUUCCUAAAGGCUUGACCCUCGGGUGCCCAGGGAGUGUUGGCCAGUGAUCACAAUUUGUAAUCCUUGCAGUUGAUACGCUAGGAGCUAGUAGUGAGCAGUGGGUUGGUUUUGAUUUUAGCAUGUAAAUUUAGAUACUAGUUUUCAACAAGUUGGAAAUUACCAUUUUUUUACUGAUUUUUAGAGAGGGGAAGGGGGAGAGAGAGAAAGAAACAUUGAUGUGCUAGGGAAACAUCAAUGCAUGCACCCUGGCUGGGGAUCAAACCUGCAACCUUUUGACGUAUGGGACAACACUACCCAACUGAGCCACCUGGCCAGGGCAGUUUGGAAUUAUUUUAGAACACUUUGCCUACAAACUGGUGGUACAUUUGGUGUUUGUGUGUCUGUCCCCAGAAAGUAAACCUGGGCCAAGUGUAGAAUGUAGGGCUCUGUCCGCAGAUCAGAGGGACACGGCCAGUCCGCAUGCAGAUGGAAAACAGAAUGAGGGGGAGAUGUAUGACAUCGGCGCCCACGGUGAGCCCACGGCAGAGUCUUUGUGAAAAUGCGGGAAAGUAUCUCCCCCCUCAUGUGCUGCGAGCUGAGGAGACAGUGGCUGCCCGGAAAAGGGAAGAGAGAGAACGGCUAAAGAAGCAUGUCCAAGGCCUAAUUAACAGGUUGAGUGAGCCGAACAUGGCCUCCAUCAGUGGGCAGCUGGAGGAGCUGUACAUGGCCCACAGCAGGAAGGACAUGAACGACACCCUGACGGGCAUCCUCAUGAGCGCCUGUGCUCCGGGCACGGCCAUGCCGGGCAGGCUGGUGAUGGAGCACGUCCUCCUGGUCAGCAUCCUGCACCGCACAGUGGGCAUCGAGGUUGGAGCUCACUUCCUGGAGGCCGUGGUGAGGAAGUUUGAUGACAUCUAUAAAAAGGGAACCGAGGGCAAAGAGUGUGACAACCUAUUCACCAUCAUUGCACAUUUGUAUAACUUCCACGUGGUACAGUCUCUCCUCAUCUUCGACAUUUUGAAAAAACUUAUUGGAACUUUCACAGAGAAAGAUAUCGAACUGAUCCUGUUAAUGCUGAGAAAUGUGGGCUUUUCCUUGAGAAAAGAUGAUGCUUUGUCACUUAAGGAACUAAUCACAGAGACCCAGGCCAAAGCCAGCGGGGCAGGCAGCAAGUUCCAGGACCAGACCAGGAUUCGGUUUAUGCUGGAGACGAUGUUGGCACUGAAGAACAAUGACAUGCGGAAAAUUCCGGGUUAUGACCCUGAGCCUGUAGAGAAACUGAGGAAAUUGCAAAGGGCUUUGGUGCGUGGCGCCAGCUCGGGCACAAUCGUGGGAUCAGCCUGGAGCGGGGCCCCCAUGAUCAGCAGUCAGCAGAAGGCCCCGCAGAAGCCACUGGCAGGCACGGUUAGCGCCAAGAUGCUGGAACUUGCCCGAAAGCAGAGGAUGAACACCGACGUCAGGAGAAACAUAUUUUGUACAAUUAUGACUAGUGAAGAUUUCUUGGACGCAUUUGAGAAGCUUCUAAAGCUUGGGCUUAAGGACCAGCAGGAAAGGGAAAUAGUCCACGUUCUCAUGGAUUGCUGUCUGCAGGAGAAAACAUACAACCCUUUCUACGCCUUCCUGGCCAGCAAGUUCUGCGACUAUGAGAGGAGGUUCCAGAUGACGUUCCAGUUCAGCAUAUGGGACAAAUUUCGAGACUUAGAGAACUUACCAGCCACCAACUUCUCCAAUUUGGUUUAUCUGGUGGCCCACUUGUUGAAGACAAAAUCACUCCCACUUUCCAUUUUAAAGGUGAUUGAGUUCAGUGAAUUGGAUAAACCCAGAGUCCACUUUUUACGAGAAGUGUUACAUGUGCUGUUGAUGGGAACAGAAGCUGAAGACCUCUGUUUCAUUUUCACAAGGGUGUCCGACAACCCAAAGCUGGGUGUGCUGCGCGAAGGUUUGAAGCUCUUCAUCAGCCACUUCUUGCUAAAGAGCGUGCAGGCGCACCGCAGUGCCGAGGAGGCCAGUGCGCUGCGGGAGCGAGCCGAGCUCGCCACCAAGGCCUUGCAAGGAAGGCCUUCACUGAGAAUGUAGGGAUCUGUCUGCCAGGCGCCCUUUUAACCCAAAGGCCUGUUACUCCGCUGGCUAUAAAAACUGGGGAGAGUCAUAUCAUGGUCUGUUGUAUUUACAGUAUUAUAUUUUGAGAUAAUUUUUGAUCCAAGGUUAUAUUGUGUGUGUUGUAAACCAGUUUUUUCAGGGCUUGUGCACGUGUGUGUGUGUGUGUGUGUGUGUGUGUGUGUGUGUGUGUAGGAGGCAUGGGCAGACACACUGGACAGUGUUCUCUGAGUAACAAGACUAGGGUGAGUAAAAGUGGGACUUGUGUGGUUCUUAUUUUUUCAUAGACAAGAUGGGCCACUAGAGGGUGCAGUUAUAAAGAAAUUGGCAUGUUUUUUAUCUUUCUAAACAUAUUAGUUAAAGUUCCGAAGCCAUCAGUUAAAUAUGGUGCCUGAUAUUUAAUUGAUUAAGCAUUUGGAAUGCAGGUGUUCCAGAAAAGUGAGGGACUACCGUGAGCCGAGGAAAUGUCAGAGCCAUGUAGUGUGGGUGGGUCGUUCGUGUGACACCUCUGAAGCCGUGACUCAGUCGGCACGUGCUCCCUGUCUGUGUUGGCCACUUACACCCAUCAAUUCCAGGUCGUGAUGCACUUUUCUAAACAGCAUUGAACUUCCUGGGGCUCCUGCCGAGCUGGGGGCUGGGAAGUGUGAAACAUGGGGCCGCCUGCUGAUAUGCAGAAUGACUUUGAAGAGUCACCCUUAGAAUGUGCUUUCCUCUUAAAUGGGGAGGGUCGCUUUAAAUGUCACUGUCACUUAUUGCAAAAAGUCACCAAGACUUGUGUUGAGAAUAUGACUUUGUAUAGGAUACAUACCCACAAACCCUACAGUGUGCUGUCCUUCCAGGGCUGCCUUGGGAAGCUGCCGGACCUGAGGGAGGCCCCUCCUAGUCAGACUCCCCUUUGCCACACACUAUCAAGUAGUGUCAGCAGCUCAUGACUAGAAAUACAGUGUGCAGUCCCAAGUGUCUCUGCAUGUCUCUAAACUAAUGGGCUAAGUUUCUUUUGUUUUUUGUUGUUUUUUAAUUUUAUUUUAUUGUGGUAACAUCUCU